CGAUGGGAGGGGUCUCUGAUGGGGCGCCAGUAGAGAAGCAAACGCGAACCACGGCAGUUGUGGGUGCGUGUCUGUUUAGCAAAUUUUCGUUUGUUUUGUGUUCCAACGAGUGUGAGCGACCUAACCGAGCGUUCAGCGCCACUCCCGCAAGCGCAAGGCAAUACCGUUCGUUCAUCCCCACCUCAUUCCGCACCCGUUUUCAGGAAACAACUCAACCUGGUUCAAUACAAAAUACAUUUGUCUUAUGCGGGAGCUAGUUGGUGAUACAUUUCAGUGGUUUUUCCGCACUUUACACGAAUCACAUUAAAGGUGUUGAGACGUGUGCGUUGCGUGCGCGCGCGCUGCAUUUAAACUCAGCGGGAGGGCCCCCCCAUCUCUCCCCCUCGAUGGAAGAUAUUCUUAGAGGAGAAACCUUCAAGACAAUAACAAAAGAAAUGAAAGGCCUCAAGUCAUCCAGCAUCAACAAUAUCCACGACUUCCUCCAAGAUGCGCAAACGUUUUUGGAACAAACCUUGUCGUCGGAGAAACUAUCGCGUUUGGCUUUGGAGCACCGGUCAAGACUUGCUACGAAACUUUCGUCUCUGAUGAAAGAAUACGAAAAUCAUCAAAUGGAAAUGUAUAUUGACAUGUCACCUGCUCUUAAAUCUUUUUUCCAUUCGUCCGACGCUUCAUCUUCCGAAAAUGGGUCCGAAAGAGAACAAGUACCUGGUUCCGAAGAGUUUUACGAUGUUCCCAACAGAGAUUCGGUCCCUGACUUUGACCAGCCCCUGACCGAAGACCAGUGCGACGCCCCUCCAACUACAAAUUCUUUACCACCGGCUCCGGAGACGAAGAAAAAAGGAUUUAUGCAUCGCUUAUUAAAAUCUCGGAGUAAAGCAUCAGAUUUGGCCUCCACAUUCUCUAUGGCGGCUCUCAAGGCACAGCAAACUCGGUCGACUUCUGACGAGGACAGCAAAAGCCGAAGGGAAAGUGAAGAUUCAGACAUACUGUACGACGACGCAUUGACCGUGAAGCCGCCAAAGGAGGAAGAACUCUUCUAUGACGAUGCUUCCGCCAUUCCUAAAGAUUCUGAAAAUGUCAGUAAUAACAUGUAUACUAAUGAAAAGGUCGUCAAAGUACCAGAGGAAGAAAAUCUGGUCUACGACGACGCUUCUAGAGUCAACGACACCAGCGAGGAAUAUGAAUACGUCGCUAAUCAAAGUAUCUCUUCCGUGCGAGAAUUACAAAACAAUAACGACAGCGACGGCAUGUCCAUGAAAAGUGGAGUUAGCGAAUACGGUGCUAAUGCAUCCAUUCACCGGUGGCAUAUAACUGCGUCUGAGGCCAAAGCACAGUCCUUGCGAUAUGGCUGCAUGAAACGACGAAACGGCCGAAAGCUGCUGUCUGCCUGGCGACACUGUUACUCGGUGCUUCUUCCGACGCAUCUGUUAAUGUACGCCAACGACGGGGACAACCGACCACGGAUUGUCAUUGCACUGACAGAACCAAACAUUAGAGUCAAACGAGUUGUGAAACAGGGUGUUGACACAAAAAGACUCAAGACGCACCCUUUCGUCCUACUCCACGAAGACCGUGCCCUUUACGAGAUGUCCACCAAGAGCCGAGAAGAAACUGAGGAAUGGAUUAUGGCUCUCCAGGCUAUACUCACCCAAGUCAACGAUCCUCUGGAAUCACCAACAGAGAAGAUUGAUGAAGAUUGUUACACCGAUUACGAUCAGCCAUUAGAAUGCACUAAGAAAACGGAACUUCAGAGCCGCAUGGAGAGCAUUCAAGGACGCAAUCUUCCAUCAUUACCAGCAACUGAGCUAGAGAACAAUCUUCUUCAACAGUUGAAUAAAACUGGCAAAGCUAAUGGUAAAAUGAACACACUCUUCCGAUUCAGAGGUCGAAGUAGCAGCAGCGAAGAAGAGCAGCAAAGCAAACGACAGAGUGUUGAAAGCAUUGCGUCAGAAGUGGAUGAAGUCUACCAAGAAUUACCAAGUCCGGUGGCAUCGACGACGCCUUACUCCAGUGUAGAGAACCUGAAGGAGUCAGCAGAAGAUAUUUAUAACAGCGUCGAAGAUGUUAGAAAUUCCACUCACGAUCUCCCCUCAAAUAAGAACUCGGCUGUCAGUUCAGUGCGAGGAGGAAAUAUCCAACACUCUCGUAGCCUCUCUGACGGAUUAGUUACUUGGCCAAAUGCACCUCCAGAAGAUCUUCCAGUAUACGAUAUACCUUCUCCUACAAUCCGUCCGUUGAGUACUAUAGGCGUUUUAUCAGAUGAAGCUGGAUCAAAUGGUACCACAGGAUUAAAAAAUCAGCGACAAGAAACAAAAAGAGGCUUCAUUUUCACCCAAAAAUCUCGCAAUCAAUCCAGCUCUGGGUCCGUCAAUGCUGUCUCUGAAUACCGCCCGGAGGUGUAUGACGUGCCAGUUAAUAAUCCUCGGCGAAUAUCCAUAGCAGAAAAUGAAAAUGAAGCGUUAUUGGCGUAUGAUCGUGUGACGACUCCUCCCCGAACUGUUAUUCCACAUCCGGAAGUUAAAUCGCCAGCAUCGCCACUCGCACCAACUCCUGGAACUAAAAAGGUUGCUCGUUAUUGGCAGGAAAAAGUCUGUCAAGUGGAUGGUCCAUCAAACAAUUUUAAAAAAGAUACCUCGCCUCCGACCAAGUGCUUUCCGAAGCCUUCAUCUGUAGAAAAGGGCAUGCCAUUAGCUGAGAUCAAAUCUGUGGGGCGGUGUUUCUCGCGAAUAUCACCACAACGAGCACCGUUGGCGUCUUUGACGGAAUUAUUGGCUUCUUCAAAAAAUGGAGGCGACAUUCAAAUGAUAAAGCCAUCUACUUUCAAAGCUAAAGUUGCCAAUGUAAAUGGAUCAUUGGCCGGAAUCAAAGAAACAGGGGGUAAACAGGGGAAAAUGUCCUAUUCUACUUUUAAUCCCGGAGUAAAAGCUAGCAAUAUUGACAACUCUAACAGUAACAAAAGAGAGCCACCUCCAAGACCCCCUGCGCCCAUUCGUUCGCCUUUGACCAUUAAGACGGGCGAAUCCAUAAAUUUAGCAGAUGAGCUGAAUCGAAAGCUUAUGCGGCGUGUGAUGAAAAACGAGGAAGUAGCCUCUGGACAACUUCCAACUGAAUCAAAAAAUAUGAAGGAUUCAACCGUUACGAUUAUCAGUAAACCUAAGAAAGAACUAUACAAAGCCAGAUGGGCGUAUGUCGCUACAAACAAUUUGGAGUUGUCGAUUAACAGUGGAGAAAUUGUUCAGGUGCUCACCAAAAGCGGAGCCAGCUGGCUAGUCCAAGCAAGAAACAGGAAAGGUCUUGUUCCUAAAGAAUAUCUUGUUCCCAUGGCCGCAAAUGCUUUAUCCUUGACCAAAGUGGGUGAGGCUCCCAUUACAGUCUGAUAUAUACCAAAGUCCUUCGACAAAGUGUGAUGUCUUUGUUUAAAUUUUAUACCGGCACAGUUUCCUACGCUAUUUUUCGUUGUUUUACACACCAAUCUUUCAUUUUUGUAAACCAUAGAUGAAAUUCUUCAGAAUGUAAGGCUUUGGUGCAUGUCCUGAAUAAAUGAUAUAUUGAAACUUCAA